CUAGAAAGUUAGCGAGCGUGUUUCACUCCGCCGUCGGCAAUUUCCAUUUGUCAGUUGUCCCCUGCUCACCGCCGCAGCUGCUCCACCGUCACCGUUGCUAUCUCGCUCCGUCGCCACCCGCGCUGUUGCGGCUCUUUCUAGAGAGCGGGAAAGAGAGAGAGAGAGAGCCUGGGAUCGAAAUUCUGAUUGUUCAUUCGCUGCGACCAUCGCCGGUUUCAUCAUUGCCACCAUUUGUUUGUUGGCCGUAGCUCCUCCAGAAGGAGGUUCAAGAGCAGAGGUGAUUGCUUCUCGCUUCAACGGUCCUUUUCUGAUUCCAAUUGUUUUGCGUUUCAUUAAGUUUAUAAAUCUCUUAUCUUCACAGACACGGAAGACUUCAUAGCUUGGUGGAUUGUGCUUUCUGGUUUGGGAUUUUAAGUAUGGGUCUUGUUUCAAAUUUCAAUGCUUGGUUAAGAGAAUGUCAGGAUUUGUACCGUUUGCUUUCUAUUUUGUUUACAUCCUCAAUCAAUAAACAUGGUAGUUGAUGGUCGAUAGCAUAAUUGGCAGGUCCUGCUUGCAGGUUCCAUAGUAACGGUUCAUCUGAGAAAGGAAAGGAAGUGUGGGAGUUAUUUGCUGCUUUGAUUUUUUUAGGACCAGUGUGAGAUUCUUAGCCAUCUGAAGUCUGAACAAUCAAAGGAAUUGUAGCACUCUUGACAAUUUUUUGUCUUGUUUCAAGCUAUGCUAGGACAUUUCUGUUCGCCUAGUUUGUGAUCUUCAGUAUUUGGGGUGGCAUUUAUCUGUUGAUAUGGAGACGGGGUUGCGAGUUUUUUUAUCCUUCCGUUUUUUACGAGAAUGCAACUAUUGAUCUAUUUAACUUGGUUUUCUUAGUGACUCAAUAUGCGAGCUGGUCCAAUCCGGACAUUAAAGGCUUCUGGCUGGAGUUGGAGUACAUGAGAGAUAGAAGAUGCUUAGUAGAAUUCCCAAGUGUUGCUUCUGUACUGCUGCAACAGCACAUCCAUGGCUCUUUGUGGGCCUAGGCAAUCCUGGCGAGAAAUUCAAAGAAACUCGUCACAAUGUGUGUAUCUAAGUGUAGGAUUUCAAAUGAUUGAUGCAUUCGCAGAGUCACAAGAACUUCCAAUGAACAGAGUGCACUGCAAAGCUUUGUUUGGAGAAGGUUAUGUUGGGGAAACACCUGUUUUACUUGCAAAGCCUCAAACUUAUAUGAACCUGAGUGGUGAAUCUGUUGGACCUCUUGCAGCUUAUUACAAACUACCUCUUAACAGAGUUGUAGUGUUAUAUGACGACAUGGACUUACCUUGUGGAGUGCUUCGACUUCAACCAAAGGGAGGUCAUUUUAGCCACAACGGUUUGAAGAGUGUGAUUUAUCAUUUCCGAGGCAACAGAGAAUUUGCUCGGCUCAGAAUAGGAAUUGGGAGACCCCCUGGUCAAAUGGACCCGAAGGCUUUCUUGCUACAGAGGUUCAAUGCCACAGCUCAAGGGCGAAUUGAUGCAGCUUUGCCGGAAGGUGUCGCUGCAUUGAAGUCGGUCUUAUCAAAAGGCUUAACUGAGACCGCAAGAUUGUUCAACCAACAACAAAAGUACAAGCACAUUAGACUGCAAACCCUCCCGACAUGACAAGCUCCUCCCCUUAGGAGCAUUCAAAAGGACAUGACAAGGGUUACUUCCUUGGUCUUCAAGAAAUAUCAUGCUUUGAUCUCCUAGACUGAUUCAUUAGUUUGUCAUCACACAACCCUUGACGAUCUGGCAGAAAGGCCAGAGGAAUUGUGCAUACCGAGGAUAAAAUAUGUUAACCCCAUCUUAUUCGAUAUUUGGGAUUUGGGAAGGGUUCUUUUACCUCUCUGUAUAAAAGGAACAACGUUGG